GGGCGGCUCCGCGCUCGCACUCCGGCUCGGCCGCCGCACCGCGCUCGCGCUUCGCCGCUCUCGCCGCAGCCCUCGGGCCCCUCGCCGCCGCCACCAUGGACGCCAUCAAGAAGAAGAUGCAGAUGCUGAAGCUCGACAAGGAGAACGCCUUGGAUCGAGCCGAGCAGGCGGAGGCCGAUAAGAAGGCGGCGGAGGACAGGAGCAAGCAGCUGGAGGAGGACAUCGCGGCAAAGGAGAAACUGCUGCGGGCGUCGGAGGACGAGCGGGACCGGGUGCUGGAGGAGCUGCACAAGGCGGAGGACAGCCUCCUGGCCGCCAAUGAGACCGCCGCCAAGCUGGAAGAUGAGCUGGUGUCGCUGCAAAAGAAACUCAAGGGCACCGAAGAUGAACUGGACAAAUACUCCGAGGCUCUUAAAGAUGCCCAGGAGAAGCUGGAGCUGGCGGAGAAAAAGGCCACCGACGCUGAAGCUGAUGUAGCUUCUCUGAACAGACGCAUCCAGCUGGUUGAGGAAGAGUUGGAUCGAGCCCAGGAGCGUCUGGCAACAGCUUUGCAGAAGCUGGAGGAGGCUGAGAAGGCAGCAGAUGAGAGCGAGAGAGGCAUGAAAGUCAUUGAAAGUCGAGCCCAAAAGGAUGAGGAGAAAAUGGAAAUCCAGGAGAUCCAACUGAAAGAGGCCAAGCACAUUGCUGAAGAUGCUGACCGCAAGUAUGAAGAGGUGGCCCGUAAGCUGGUCAUCAUUGAGAGUGACCUGGAACGUGCAGAGGAGCGGGCCGAGCUCUCGGAAGGCAAAUGUGCCGAGCUUGAAGAAGAGUUGAAAACUGUGACGAACAACUUGAAGUCACUGGAGGCUCAGGCUGAGAAGUACUCUCAGAAGGAAGACAAAUAUGAGGAAGAGAUCAAGGUCCUUUCUGACAAGCUGAAGGAGGCUGAGACUCGGGCUGAGUUUGCAGAGAGGUCAGUAACAAAAUUGGAGAAGAGCAUUGAUGACUUAGAAGAGAAAGUGGCUCAUGCCAAAGAAGAAAACCUUAGUAUGCAUCAGAUGCUGGAUCAGACUUUACUGGAGUUAAACAACAUGUGAAAACCUCCUUAGCUGCGACCACAUUCUUUCAUGUUUCUGUUGGGUUUUUUUUGUUUUAUUUUGUUUUUCAACACCGUGCUUACCAUGAAACCCCUUAAAUGCAUUUUUAUUUACUUUUACCACUGUCACAGAAACCUCCGCAAAACGCCAGCGACAUUGGGGCGGGGGAAACACACACACACACACACACACACACAAAGGCAAGCCCAUGUCGGAGCGACGAUGAUUUACAUGUGCCAUUUCCCCAGGUGGACGUUGCCACACUUUGUAGAGGGUUUAGCAACACAGUACGCUUAGUCAAUCCAGGAAUCCUCACCAAAGCAGAAAGAUUUCCACUCAAGGUGCCAACAAUAUAUUCAACAGGAAGAUAAGAUUACUGUUGGAAACAAUCAGGUGUGGAUUGGUGCUACUUUAAACAAAAGGUCCCGCUGUGGUCUUCCAUUCAAUAUUGUACAAUUUAGAAAUCUGCCCACCACUAACUUACUUUCUCUUGAGUUUUUCUACGAGAUGAGGCUAUGGAUUCUAUGUGUCUGAAUUCACUAAAGCCCAGGGUAUGUAAGCCACACUGCUCGUUUACAACUUUUAUUUCCUACCAGUUGGCACCCCCUUGAGCUCAUUUCAACUCACAGGAAAGCAUUCAACAUGGAUUUCCGCUCCUUUCCUGUCUCCAUGUUAAGUGAACAUUUAGUCACUACACUAAAUUGAUCAAGAAAAAGCAUGUAAGAGUUACAGCUACAGUAGCCCCUUUUAUCCACAUCAUAAGACCCCCAGUUUAUGCCUGAAACCACAGAUGAUACUGAACCUUAGAUACUAUGUGUUUUCUCCUACACAUACAUGCUUUUUCACUCAAAGGGAGCACAUUCCAGCUUCUCCUCGGCAUAUCUGAAUUGCCAGCAUCACGACUCUUGCACUUUGGGGCCAUUAAAAAAUAAGGGUUACUUGAACACAAGCACUGUGAGACUGAGGUGGUAGGUCUGAUAACCAAGAGGGCUACUAAGUGUGCAGAGGCUGGACAGAGGGAUGGUUCACGUCCUGGGCAGGACAGAACAGGACAACUCGAGAUUUCAUCACACUACUCAAAACGAUGCACAAUUUAAAGCUUAGGAAUUGCUUAUUUCUGAAAUUUUUUAUGUUUCCAACCGUGGUUGACUGCAGUUAACUGAAACCGAGGACCGUGAGACCGCGGAUAAGGGGGGAACUGCUGUGUAUAUAAACAUUGUAUAAUUGUAUGGAAUAAAAUGCACAUUGUAGGACAUUU